UCCCAUUGCCAGUCGCCCGUCCUCGCUCGCCUGGAGCAGUUCCUGUCGGGUCUUCGCCUGCAGCAAGGGGCAAAGAGCAAAGAUGAACGCUGAUAGAGUUUGCAUGUUUCCAGUGCAUUUCGAAAAUGGUGUGCUCUUCUUUUCUGAAGGUAGGUCAGGUUUAGAAACUGAUAGCUGGAGAAAAUCUGCAAAAUAUGACAGCGCCCAAAUCCUGCGAACCAAACAGAAUGACAUCCUCAUAGCAAAGCCAGACGCGCAUGCAGAUUGCAAGGCAAUAUUUGAACCUAUGACUGACCAAGAGAUGCGAAAUGUACCUGGAAUCAAAUUCGACAUCCACCGUUAUGAAGACACCAUGCCGAGAGGAUUGCCAGUGGCCUUCACCACCAUAUGGGCCAAUAAAACGUACUGCAUGUGUGUCGUGAAAGGCAAUAAUAACAUGAGGGUUGAAUUUCAGGAACGAGAUGCUCCAAGACGCAUUGACGGACCAACCAGCGAUGUGAUCUUCAUCAAAACCCCAUUUUCCGAAGGUGACGGGCAAUACUUCAUGUUUGAGACUGCACUGGAAAAAGGCUACUUCCUUGCCUUUGAGAAAAAAGAAAACGGCCAUGCCAAAAGACUGAUCGUAAAGAAAAAGGAAGCAAUGGAUGAAGUGGAUGAAUCCAUAAAAAUAAACCACUCCCCAUUCCCCCUUCAAAGACAAUGAAAAUGGCAAAUCGUAGUCAGGCCAAUAAUACAGAAAACUGAAAUUUAAGAA